CGAGCUUCUGUCCUGUCCUGUGUUGCCGAGGGCUGUGCUGUGCCACGGGCCGAAGCCUUGGGCCGCGUUCCCCCCCUAGGCCGCUUCGGCUCAAGCCGUGGCCCUCCCAGGAGCCCCGAGCGCUCCCUGGCCCAAACGCACCCCUCGGUGGGCCCUCUGGCCUCCCGCCGUGCCAACGGAUGGUCGCCGCGGGAGCCUGUCACACGGUCCUGCUCAGGAGCGACGGCACGGCCGUGGCCUGCGGCGACAAUAGUUACGGCCAGUGCGCCGUGCCAGCGCUGGACGGCGGCCAGACCUACACGCAGGUCGCCGCGGGAGCCUGGCACACGGUCCUGCUCAGGAGCGACGGCACGGCCGUGGCCUGCGGCGACAAUCAUUUCGGCGAGUGCACCGUGCCAGCGCUGGACGGCGGCCGGACCUACACGCAGGUCGCCGCGGGAGCCUGGCACACGGUCCUGCUCAGGAGCGACGGCACGGCCGUGGCCUGCGGCGACAAUAGAUGCGGCCAGUGCGCCGUGCCAGCGCUGGACGGCGGCCGGACCUACACGCAGGUCGCCGCGGGAGGCUGGCACACGGUCUUGCUCAGGAGCGACGGCACGGCCGUGGCCUGCGGCGACAAUCAUUUCGGCGAGUGCACCGUGCCAGCGCUGGACGGCGGCCAGACCUACACGCAGGUCGCCGCGGGAGGCUGGCACACGGUCCUGCUCAGGAGCGACGGCACGGCCGUGGCCUGCGGCUCCGGUAGCGGCGGCCAGUGCGCCGUGCCAGCGCUGGACGGCGGCCAGACCUACACGCAGGUCGCCGCGGUAGGCGACCACACGGUCCUGCUCAGGAGCGACGGCACGGCCGUGGCCUGCGGCGACAACAGACAAGGCCAGUGCGCCGUGCCAGCGCUGGACGGCGGCCAGACCUACACGCAGGUCGCCUCGGGAGGCGACCACACGGUCCUGCUCAGGAGCGACGGCACGGCCGUGGCCUGCGGCGACAACAGACAAGGCCAGUGCGCCGUCCCAGCGCUGCACGGAGCGCUGACGUACACCGCGAGCCUGCUCGUCGGUGGAACGCUGCUUCUGCAGGCGUCGCUCGACGGCGACGCGGUGCGCUUCCUGACCCUGGGCGGUGUGGAGCGCUGCCGGGCCCCGGCGGCGCCCGGCGCGCCGCUCGCCGGCUUGCGCGACUGGCUGGCGGGCGAGUUGGGCGCGGGCAGGCUGGGCCCCGGGCUCGCCCGCGCCGACGCGGCCCUGCCGGGCGGGCGGCUCCUGAGCGGGGCCUCGGCGGGCGAGACCGUCGCGGACGCCUUCGGGUCGUAGGCACGUGGCUGGCCCUGGGCAGGGCUCUCGUCGGCUGCUCCGGCUCGAUCCGAUGUCGAUGGUUCGUGGGUCGAUCAUUUUUGGUGCGCAUCUCGUGUAACGUCCAGAGGCGUCGGGCCUCUUGCGUGUACAGUCAGUAAUUGGAUCGCUCAACUCGAAUGAGCUGCAGCUAAUUGGAACUGCGCUAAUUUCAACAGAGCAUGCGACCGCACGUGACGAAUGAAGACUCAAAGUCUGCUAGCUAGCUACAUGAAUAGGUUUCACGUUUCACUUCGAUGGCAUUUUAAGCCAGUCAGCUGAUAGCAGAAGUUGCGAUGCUGUAGUUGCGGGAACGACUUCGGAUCACGCUGCUGCUUGAAUGCAUGAAUCUCCCAAGAGUAAGGCUGAAGGCGACGGUCCUCGCAUCUCACGAGUGAUCAUGCGGACGCUAGAGGCUGGUGCGCAUUUCUCAGUAGUGCCUCGCGCGAUGUCCCCUCCUCUUGGAAGCUACUGACCGAUGGCAGGACUGCCUGGUGCCGGUGGCUAGAACGUAACAAGUCGUUUCACUGAACUAAUCGUCGGGCUUGUGAGCGGAGGGCAGGAUUGCCUGCGCUCCCUGCUUGACAUAGAAGAUUUGAUCAUCUUCGGAUGGUCACCGCUCGCAUGCGUUUGCCAGGGGGCAAUAGCUCUUGUCUCUCGGAGACGCUCUUUCCUAUGAUGCGUGGGUUGGUCAGGCCCUUCAUUGCGGUUCAUCAUGGCUUUAGUCGUGGGGCGCUUUUUGUGAACGUCGGCCUCAGUCGCAGAAGGUUGGCUUGCGCUAGGGCUGUGGCGUUUCUAGGCACUCCUGUUGCAGGCGGCUAGCUUGCGGCGAACCUGAAGCUCUACAUUGCAUGACAAAAAGGUGUAUAGUGCGAUGAAUGAAGCAGGUGUGGGAAUGCAUCCUGACGGCCGGUACUUUCAUUGAUGGGCUAAGUCGGAUUUCUUCCUGAAGACCGGGCCGCUCACGACAGGUGAUUUGGCAUGGUCCGCCGCUUCAUAACAUAGGAUUGAAUGCAACUGCCAUGGAUACGCAGGACUUUUACGCCGUUAGGAAUUGGCACGAAGUGGACGUGUGUAGCGAGGGCGAAUACCCUGGUAGCCUCUCAUGGCGGUAAGACUGCAUGGCUCUUUCCUCGAAUCGCGUUUUCAAGCGAUGAGUCGUUUUGCUGACUGGCUACGGUUUAAUGGCUACGUGCUUUUCAAUGCCGACGAUUGUUGUCUUCAAUGUUGAAUGGACUUUUAAGCCGAUGUGCGGUGCACCUUGGCCCAAAAGAGGGGGGUGUCGUGCCACGCAUAGCGUUACAAUACUAUCGUUGGGACGUUUCACUGCACAGCUGUUCUGUCUGGAGGUACUCGUGUCAGAGCUACCGCUCCGACCAAGGGAAAA